CAGCUGCGGGCGGAGCGAGUUGCUGUGGGCGCGCCGGCGGUUCAGUGUCUGCAGAAGCGGUCGGUGGUCUGCGCAGUACGCUCUCCUCUCCACUGUCUUCUCGACGCUGUUGGCCUUCUUGAAGAGGGCGGGGGGGCGACCGCGGACUCUCCAUGCAGGAUGCUGUGUUCUCUGCUGCUUUGUGAGUGUCUGUGGCUGGUAACGGGCUACACACACGAUGACGACUGGAUUGACCCCACCGACAUGCUCAACUAUGACGCUGCCUCAGGAACGAUGAGGAAACCUCAGGUGAACUACGGUCUAUCAGAGAAAAAAGAGGUUAGUCCUGACUUGUCAUACGCUCAGGAAUUGUCGGAAUGUUACAGCAGACUUGAUUCUGUGACUCACAAGAUUGAAGAAUGUGAAAGCAAAAAGAAGAAAGACUAUGAAAGUCAAAGAAAUCCUGUUUUUGGGAGAUACUUAAAUAAGAUUUUAAUUGAAGCCAAAAAGCUCGGACUUCCGGAUGAAAACAAAGGCGAUAUGCAUUACGAUGCUGAGAUUAUCCUUAAACAACAAACCUUGAUAGAAAUACAGAAGUUUCUCGACGGAGAAAACUGGAAUCCAGGUGCUCUGGAUGAAGCACUAAGUGAUAUUUUAAUUAAUUUUAAGUUUCAUGAUUUUGAAAAGUGGAAGUGGCGGUUUGAAAACUCCUUUGGUGUGGAUCCUUACGACGUGUUUAUGGUGCUGCUGUGUCUGCUCUGCAUCGUGCUGUUAGUGGCCACGGAGCUGUGGACCUACGUGCGUUGGUACACCCAGCUGAGACGUUUUUUAUUUGUCAGUUUUCUCGUCAGUUCGGCAUGGAAUUGGAUGUAUUUGUACAAGAUGGCUUUCGCACAGCACCAGGCCGACAUCGCCAAGAUGGAGCCGCUGGGCAACGUGUGUGCCGAGAAGAUGGACUGGUCUGGAAAUCUCUGGGAAUGGUUUAGGAGUUCGUGGACCUACAAGGAUGACCCAUGCCAAAAAUACUAUGAGCUCUUACUAGUCAACCCUGUUUUAUUGGUCCCCCCAACAAAGGCACUGGCGGUUACGUUCACCAACUUCGUCACGGAGCCGUUGAAACACAUUGGGAAAGGGAUCGGCGAGUUUAUUAAAGCACUCAUGAAGGAGACCCCAGUGCUGUACCAGGUCCCACUGCUCGUCAUCGUGGCCGUAGGCGUCCUGGGUUUCUGCUACGGUGCUGGGAACUCAGUUCUUCUGCUGAGACCUCUAGGUGGUCGAGGAAGAGAGCCGCCCCAGGCCCUUCAGCCGGGUGACCAGCGCCAGCAGCAGAGAAUCGACUGUAAACCCAGUGGUGGAGCAGGUGAUGCAGACUCUUACUGUAGGGGCCAGAUCGGCCCCUCUGAGCAAGGCCCUUAUGACAGAACGUCUGAGGGUAAAAGACAUGUUUUGAGAGAGAGAGCCGUUGACUUGAGAACUCACACUGGCCACUUGAGCCCCGAAGUGCUCCGGGCGUUUGAUUUUCCAGACACAGAGACGCGAGAGCCUCCCGAGGUGGUGUCCAGUGCCAGAGGGACUAGUGGAGCCCCAGGAGAACACUCACCCCCAGAGAGCAGCACUGCAGGCGGUCGGCCUCCUGAGCUUGCCUCUGGCCCGGAGGCCUCAGGUAGUGUGGACGGUCCAGCAGCAGCGGGGAAGGCCCAGCUCCAGACUGAUGCCAAAGGCAGCCCCGAGAAGGACAGCCCCGCCAGCCCGGCAGGCCCGGAUGCAGGAGCAGCAGGAGCAGCAGGUGGAGGGGACCCACCCGGCGGCCCACGUGUCUAGAGGAACUCGGACUCGAACCACAGCUUGGAGGUCGUCUUUCUGUGUUGGGAUUUUGUGACGUAAAUUUUUACAACUAUGUCCUAUAGAUACUUGAUACUACAAAGUUGCCAAAGUAAACAUUGGUAUUUUUACUGACAGAAUUAACAAACACACAUGUAUUUCUGUUUCUUCUGUUUAACUUCUUCCCUGUUUUAUCUUCUACUUGAUGUUAACACACACACCCCAUGAAGUUUGAAGUGUGAAUUCUGGAACAGGAUCUCAUCAGUGACCGUGUGGCAGGCGUCACUAAGUCUGGAUAAUUCAAGCCAAACGGAACUAGGGUCAUUGAGAAAAGCAGUUGGAUGUUUACAGACAUGUGGGACCCAGGUCACCCCAAGUGUGUGUUGCCUGGGAGGCGUCCUGUGGCAGCUACUUUGGUUGAGCUAGUCUGUUUCCAGAAGGGGCAGGUUCUCACACGCCACGUGGCCACGUUGACUCGCCGUGUCCUGCCGCGUCUCCAGAGCCGUGGAGUCCGAGUUAGCAGCUCCCACGCUCUGUGCAGGCUGCUCACAGGGGCGGCGGCUCUGUGGUGUCGUGUCCUCCGGCAUCUCUCAGCUCCCAGCUGUUCAGGCGCUGCUUCCUCACUCCUGUUAUGUUUUCCCGAGCGAAGACAAGCUAAAGGAUGCCAGGGGUCUUCAGGGAACGUAGGUUGUUGAGGUGGCAGUCCAGCUUUCUACAGUGAGGGAACGCCCAGGGCGGCUUUGCUUUUCCCCGCCAGGUUGAAGUGCCCGGGCUCGAUGAGACCUGCUUUCCGGCCGCCAGGGUCCCAGCGGUCGAGACUGUUUGUAUGAGAGCGAACCCCACUGUUGGGGCCACCGCGAGUCCUCGUGUCUGGGGCUUUGGGCCUAGAGGAGGAGCCGUGAUGGGGGGAGCAGCGCAGGGUGCUCUCCUUCGUGGUGGGCGGGCGACACGCUCAGCACUUCAGCUUACUCUGGUCUUGUAAACUCUUCCUCAUUUUAAACUGAAAAAUGUAUGUACAUUUUGCUGGGACCUAGCUAGAAGGCAAAUUCCACAUGCAUUUAGGUGUCCUGAUUUUAACCUUCACACUAAAAGUUAUGCCCAGCUGCUCACUAUGAGUAACAGACAGGAAUAUUCUUAAAAUUUUCCCUCAGGUAUUUGUUUCAGAAAAAGACUUAUUCAGAGCAUUAGCUUUCUGAUACAUUAUUUUUUCUGAUUUUAUUUUGCAGUUAGAGUUCUCACUCGAUACUGUUUUCUGGUAGGUUCGGGUGGACGGUGUAGUGGUUAGCCAGUCGUACGCUUUGUGGAGUGCUCCCCCACCCUCGAGGUUUCCAGCGCCCACCCGGCCCUGUGCAGCGUCGGUCAGUCUUAGCCGUGUUCCCUGCGCUUCUGGUGCACUUUGCACAGGAAAUGUAGAAAAACUCCUUUCUUUGGCUCCUCGAAGCAUCACUUAGAUGCCUUUAAUAUUUUAUGUUAAUAUUAUCCACUUUAAUGUUGCAAAAAUCUUUAGUGUUUCAUCAGAGAGGUGGUCAUUUUUUCCAAAAAGUGCAAGAAGAAUUGCGUGUAAAAAUUUGUUACUGGGCCAGUAACAAAGAGCUGACAGGACGCCCGCAGUGUGGAAUGGGCGUGUGAGCUGGUCCGCUGGGGGCUAGGCCUCCGGACUGACAGGCGGCCGGUCCCAUUCCCCCCCCCCCCCGUUCUGGAGGGGCGGGGCCUCGGCUGGUGGACAGAGGGGGCUGGUGUGGCCCGCGCUCCUGACUGCUGUCCGCCAGUCCCAAAGUGAACCUGUCACAAAAACGUUUCAGUGACAUGCUGUCUCCGUACUCUGCCAUUACAGAUGACCGCUUGGGGGUGAAAUCUGCGCUAACAGGUAGCAAGGCAGCGUGCCUGCUGGGGGCUGGUGACGGGGGUUCAAGGAAGACUUACUGGAGCAAGUCGGGAAUGUCAAGGCCAGAUUAUGACUAGAAGAGAGAGGCUUGUUGAUUUUCUAGCCAACGUUUAUUGCUGAAAUCAAGGAUUACAGUGACAGGCUUUGAGGAGAAUCAGAAUGGGGUAGACAGCCUUUGAAAACAAUCUUAAAAUGGAAUAAUGUGGAAUGUUUACAGGACCUAAAACUACCAUAUACACAAAAUAAACACUUAUUUUUUUAUUACUGGUAGGUUUGCUUGUCUUUGUUUGAUAUUUUUACAAGAAAAAGCCCCAUGAAACAUAGGUGCAUUUUUAGAAGGCGGCUUUAGGACAUUAUACCCCAUAUAGAAUAUGUAAGUCAUAACAUCCAGAGGCUGGGUACUUUUAGUGAAAUUUCUGAUGAAUGUUUUUUAUCCUGAGUCCUUAAUGUAAUUCCAGAUUGUGUAACUUUUUUUUUUGAACAUUGGCUAUUUGGAGAAGUGGUUCUCACGGUUCGCCCAUCAGAACCACCUUAAGGACUUGUAGGAAGAGCCCUGGACGCCUCCCAGGUGUGCAGAGCCAGCGGCACCGGAGGUGAACGUGCUCAGACCUGGUGCAGGGGUCGGCGUUGGCCAUGUGCGGUGGCGUGGGAUCUGGGCUCUGUCUGUCCUUGUCGCCAUGUGUUUGCUUCGUCGUGCCCUACUAGGCAUCCUUGUGAACUCUCUCUAGUUUCUGGGAAGACGCUGAAUGACCACUGAGGUCCUAACCUCCAUCUUUCUUACUGAAGUUUGAUGUGUUUUUAUCUGUUUUCUCUCUUCAUGGCUAGGUUCUUGACAUAACAACCUAGUUUGGGUUUUUUUUUUAAACACCAGGUCCUAAAAAAGUCUUGCAGAUGCGAUUUUGAAUCAUACAUACAUAUCUAUGUGUGAACACAAGUGGUCACGCAGCACCGUUUGGUCAGCUGUGGACCAGUCAAGAUGGCACCGGUCACACGCGGCUGUAAUGGUCCCGGAACGUCGCCUCUGCCCGUGAUGUCGCGGGCACCCCAGCGUGGUUCUGCAGCCGGCUGCUCCCAUGUUGUGGCUGCACCUGCUGCGCCACCUCGGAGUCGGCCCUGCAGCUCCUCAGCGUGUGGCCGUGUUCUCCGUGUUGGCGCUCACUGGGCAUUUCUCAGAGCCUGUCCCUGUCGGUAAGUGGCUUGUGACUGUUUUCUCAUUAAGCAAAGAGCCCACGCAAGCGUGGUAAAAGAAGUUUAUUUCUGAAGUCUCUUUAUAAUGGCAUUGGCCUAAAAAUAUAUUGAAGUUAGACUUUCUUGGGGGAGUAAACCUAGUUUUGUUUUUUAAAAUGAGAUUAUGACUUUUUUACAUAUUCAAGUACAUUAUUAUAAGACAGCAUUUCUCUCUACAUUGAUGAUUAUUUAAAAAAUGCCAUUGUCAAUGAAGACUUUAGAAAAACUACCUGAUCGAGAGGAUUAAGUUGUCCUCCAGGAUUCCUUUAAUCUUCUACUUUACAACACAGGUAACGAAAGGCUCUGACAAGUCACCAAAGAACAGUCCUCAGCAGAAAUCACACAAGCUGAUGAAGCACCUUGUGAGACACCAGCACCCUGAAGCACGUCAUGCUCUCUGGUAGUCCAGUAAUGUCUUUAAUUGUGACGAGAAACGUAACACAGAAGCUGCCGCAGCAAAACCACCUUUGAGGGUACAGUUCCGUGGUGGUGAGCAGCCACCCUCACCCUCCGCCUCCACAGCAGCUCCCGUCCUGCGACACUGAAACCCAGCCCUAAAUGGUGACUGCCGUCCCACCCAGCCUGCAGCUGCCAGGGCUCUCUGCUCCCGUGCCUGCUCGUUCCUCAAGAUGUGAUGCAUUUCACACCAAAGGUGUGCAGAACUGCAGCUUUCUUCCCAAACCCAAAGAAGUGAGGGAGGCAGUGGGACAGCAGAGGGUGCACUGGACACGAAAUGCAGCUGAGCUCAGGAAGUGACAGAAAACCCUGUAGGAAGACCAGCACUGCAGACACGCCCGGGGGACUCGGGCUCAGGCAGCACCUCUGGUCGUCCAUCCGGUUGCUUUGAAAUCGGCUUAAUAGGUCAAAAAACCCUUCGUCUCCAAUAGUCUCUGCGCUGAGUUUCUGAAAUAUUGAGAGAAAAAUCUAAAUAUUUCAGCAUUAUCCUCAGAUCAUCAAUGGAACAACAUCUCAAUACACUCAAAUGCAAAAUGGAAGGAUUAAAACUCAAAAUGGACGUUUACUUUCUAAAAAUACCAGAUGGCAACAUUAUCAAUAAAGAGAUGUUUCAAUCCAACAAGAAGCAUUUCUGGUAUUUUAGCUUUUACUCCUUAUGUUUCUGAGGCUUAAGAAACGCCGCUCAGAUUCAGGGGCACCACUUCAAAUCCUGAAUGAGUUACGUGGCUAUCACUGAUGCAGCGCACCCCCCGGGCUCCAAGCCUCCCCCUCGCUUCGGUGCCACUGUUAAGUGCGUGUGGGGGGGGGCAUCUGAACACCAGCAGUGCCAAACCGUGACCGGCUAACAGGCAGGGAGUGUGGAGACACUGGACAAAGAUGAGUCACGUGCCAGGCCAGUCGGAGCGGAGCAGCGUGAGAUUUCGUCCCACUACUCAGAACGGUGUGCACUUUAAAACGUGAGUUGUUUUUUCUGAAGUUUUCCAUUGAAUAUUUUUGGAUUACAGUUGACCAUAGGUAACUGAAGUCUUGGAGAGCAAAACAUGGAUGAGGGAGGGACUACCAUACUCACAAUACUUGAAAACUUAUUUUAAACAUACCCUCUGGGAAUUCGGAAUUCGGUGCUCAAUGGAAUUACUGGCAUCUUGGAGAACUUUAGUGGAGGAACUAGUUUUGUAUUUUUUCCCCUUCAAUCUGUUGACAAAGAGGAGCUUUGCAGAAGGUUUGGCAAUGAGAGGUUUUUGUUUAGCAAGAAUUUCACUGUUCCAGUUCUGUACCUACAAAAUGAUAAACGUAAAUGUAAAGCAGGAUGGAAAAAAACACCAAAACUACCUCUGAUUUCCUAUAAUACUAACCUGCCAUCCACUCAUUUAGUCAUGGGGGGGAGGUGAGACUUAGAUCUUUUAAUAACUUCCUUCUUGCCAGGAUAGUUCACUAUUUUCAAUAGCUUAUACCAGAUACAUUAUCCUGUGGAUUUCUCAUCAUCAGAACAAUAUGGUAGCUUAUAAAAACGUAGGAAGAGCCUCACUGGCCUGUGUGGCUCUGUUCAGGGUCAUCUCACAAACCAGAGUGUUGCCGGUUCAAUUCCCAGUCAGGUCACAUGCCUGGGUGACAGGUUUGUUCCCUGGUCCAGAUGCAUACACGGGACAAUGGAUUGAUGUUUCUCUCUUUCUCCCUCCUUCUAAAAAUAAAACCUUAGAAACCUAAGAAUAAGAAAGUUUGGCAAAUCCCAUAAUACUGGAAUUUAAAUGACCAGAGAACUUAAAGUUUUAUUCUGAAUGCGAAUUACUUAUCUAUUACAACUGGAAAUUUUGGCCGUAUGUAAAAUUUUUUUAAUCCUCAUCUGAGGACACCCAUUCACGAAUUUUAGAGAAAGAAACACUGAUUGCCUUCCACCCUGUACGUAUCCCAACCAGGGGUCAAACCCACAACUUUUUGGUGUGCUCCAACACGGAGCCACCUGGCCAGGGCAGGUGUGAUGUAACGUUUUAACUGUAAAAUUUAGUAUCUAAAACUCACAGCAGUAGCAUUUUUUGUUAGUACACUGUACUGUUUUCACUAACAACACUAAAUUCUCAAUAGGCAAAAUAACCGAAUCAGAAAUUGACAUGAGCUGGUUUAUACAUACAUAACAAUCUUUUUCUAAAUGGUAAAAUAGAUAUAAAUUUUUUUAGACAGGAAGGGGAGAGAAACAUGAAUGUGUGGUUGCCUGUUGUAAAAACUGGGCAGGGAACCUGGACAGACAUUUCUCCCAAGACCUAGAGACACCAGUUCAACUACACUAAUCAGGAAACAAAUCAAAACCACAAUAAGAUACCAGCUCACACCUGUCAUAAUGACUGUCAUCGAAAAACCCAAUAACCAGUGGCUGGAAAGGAUGCAUUGAAAGGGACUCCUCAUUGCAGACUGGCGCAGCCACUGCGCAAAUAGUGGAGACCCCCCCAAAAAGUUAACGAGAACUACCACAUGCCCCAGCAGUUCCACUUCCGGGUGUGUAUCCAAAAGGAAACGAAAGCACUUUGAAAAGACACAUGCACCUCUAUGUCCAGCGCAGCACUUGUUUUCUUUAACAGUAGCCAAGACAAGGAAGGAACCCGGGUGUUGACUGAUGGGCGAAGCAGAAAUCGUGGUAAUUACCGUUUAUGCACUGCACCGACAGUGUUUUGGCCACAACCACAGACCACGUGUACAAAGGUGGCGCUGUAAGAUUUCAGGGGAGUGGACAGCCCUAUCGCUCCACAUCACUCCCUUGGGUGUGGAGGGGCUGGCACAAGCGAACCUGCGUUUGCCUGUCAUUGAAUACAGCACCUACAAUUGUGUGCGGUGCAGAAUACUUGACAGUAAAUGACUGGGGCUGCUUUGUGUCGUCUUGUUUUUAGUGUACUCUUCCCACUUAGAGAGCUUGCUGCCAAACACUGCAGCACCUCAUACGUCUGUUCACGGCAUCAGUUUCUCUUGCCCUCGAUUGAAUCUCCUACUGUUUUGUGCAGUAAAUGAGCUGUGCCGUUCAGCCCAGGUGUGCGGGGCCCACACAAUAUAGUGCAUAAGUCUGCACAGGGAAGGCACUGCCUGACAAAACAUUUCCACAGGCACCCGGCCCGCAGAGCCGCCCAAGAUCAUGCUCACAAUGGAAUAUUACUCAGCCAUAAAAAAGGAUGGAGCACUGCUGUCUGUGAUAAUGCAGAUGGGCCUUUAGGGCAGUAUGGUAACUGAAAUAAUUCAGAAAGAUACCACCACGUGAUCUAAUUUGUAUGUGGAAUGCAAAAAAAAAAAAGGCAAACCAUCCCCACACUCACA